AUGUGUGUGUGUGGGUGUGUCUGUGGUUCCUUCAGGUUUGACACUGCACAAACUCUUGUGUCAAGGUUCCUUCAGGUUUCUUUAUUUUUUGAGGAUGAGGGUGAGAUCCCCGUCGAGUCUGAUGAAAUAAAAGUCCAAACUUGGAGCAGCCAACACUACAGGAACGAACCUGUGGUUGUUGUUGCUGCUCCACGGUUGCAAAAGUAUUCUAGUUUUCAUUACCAGAGUGGGGAGCAGCCUCUGCUUUUGCCCAUUCGAAGCUUGAAAUCUCGCUUAUCCGAAGAAGAUAUUGAUGUUCAAUCUCUGAACAUGUUAAUGAGUUCUAAAAGGUUUUCAAGCAAUUCAAAUAGAAAUGCAGAAGUUGAAGCUGAUGCUGUUGAUACAGAUGUUCAAUCUCUAAAUAGAGGAUUCGGUGAGGAAGAAGGGCUUCUACAAGUCUUGUCCUCCACCACCUCCGCCACCGCCACCAACAAUGUUUUAGAAAUCAGUGUUCAUGAAGCCAAGCCAGCUGAGAAAGAAAGCCUUCUUGUGGAAUCUAACGAUGAUGAUGACGACGAUGACACAGAAACUGAGGACCAAGACGUUGAAGGAGGAAGAACCGUUGCUCAGAACAAUGACAGGGGAAAGGGUCCACCUGUUAUUGGUGGAGAAAGUUCAAAAAUAGAUGGUGAUGAAGGACCAGAUGUGGAUAAGAAGGCUGAUGAGUUCAUUGCUAAGAGAAUCGAGUCAAUCAAGAGGAGUAGAAGGAGUGCAAGAAACUCUUCAAGGUAA